AUGCGCGGCGGUUUACGGCAGCGUCCAGACGGAUGGACGGUGGUCAGGCGGCAUCAAGGUGGGCGAAAGAUGUACCCCUGGGAUUCGUUCCCACCAUCUUUCAAUCUGAAACGUGGUAGGGAGGAAAACGUUGUUUCUUUCUAUUUCUCUGCUUUAACGGACAGGUACACGGCCAAGGAGUUUUUCGAGCUGUUUGGGUGCAUAGGGGAGGUGGUAGAAGUGUCGAUUUCACCAAGAAGAAACAAGUUCGGGAAAAAGUUUGGUUUCGCAAGAUUCGUGGAGGUGGAAGACGCUAGGUUAUUAGUAGUGAAGUUAGACAAUGUCAUCGUGAAGGGGAAGAAGAUACACGCCAACAUCCCUAGGUUCGACAGAAUUAAAGAUAGAGAAGCGGCGUUUCAGUACAGGGGGAGGGGUAACUUUGGUGCGGUCGAGAUUAAGAGUAGAGAUCGAGGGUUUGGACGUUUCAACAAUAGAAGGGAGGGGUUGUCUUACGCAGGGGCGGUGGCAGGAGUGGUGGGAGCUUCAGUUUCUGCUUCAGCUCCGUUAGCUUCUUCGGCUCAACCCUCAGUUUUGUUGAGACACGUAACGAGUGAGGAAGACAGGAACAGGUUCGCUAAUGCUAUGGUGGGUGAGAUUCUGAUCGCGGGUUCGGCGCAUAGAAUCCAAACCAUGAUGGAUGUUGUUGGUUUUCACGCUAUUAAGAUGUCGGUGUUAGGGCCGAAUCUUUGCUUGCUCGAGGAAACGGAACAAGGGGCUUUGGGGAUUCUGUUAGAGGAAGGUGUAUCAAACUGGAAGUGUUGGUUUUCUGCAAUCAGGAAGUGGACUCCUGAUGUUGUUGACUCGGAGAGGACAAUUAAGAUUAGGGUGUUCGGUAUACCGUGUUUUGCGUGGAACAAUGAUUUUCUUAUGUCGUUGGCGAAUUCUUUGGGAACGUUUAUCUGUUUGGACAGUAGGACGAGUGAAGGGAGUUAUUUUGAGUUUGCUAGGAUCACACUGAAAGUGAAAUUUGAUUUUGCUUCUCAACAAUCAGUGUUGAUAGAUAUUGACGGUGUCCCUUUUACUCUACUGGUUUUGGAAGAACUGGAGUGUCAUUCUUUUCCCUCCGUCUCCAUUGCUUCUUCUAAUUCUAAUUCUGAAUCUUGGUCGUCGGAUUUCGUCGAUUUGGAGGAGGCUUGGUCUGAUGACUCAAAAGGCAACAGGGAGGAUAAUGUGAAGGUUUCUGAUUCUGACCCUAUAGAGGAAUUUUCGUCUAGACAUUCCUUGGCUGGCAGUAAUAUCAGUUGUUCUGCAUCAGGGCAAUCUGAUUCGGUCGUUAAAAACUCUGUGUUAGAACCUUGCUCCCCUUUAGAUAGUGUUCAGCCCGAACUGGGAAGAUAUGAUAGGGCUCUGAUUGCUGCGAAAUCGAAGGAUUUAUCUUUGGUGUCUGAUGGUAAUGCUCUGUCUGGCUCUGUUCCGUUGGAACGGGAGAUUGCUCAAUCAACAGCGAUGUCGGAUGCUGGUUUUUUUCAGGGACGGGUUUGUUCAGUGGCUGGUGGAGGAAGUCUCGUGGGCGCUGGUCAGGACAAGGUGUCAACUCACAAGCGGUUAGCAGUGAGCUGCACAGGCCAUGUUGGAAAUUCUUUCUUAUUGGACAAUUGUGGUAACAGGGAGGUUAAUUCAGUUUUGAAAUCUAAAAAGAUCAAAUUGAAGAGAAUUUCUGAGCUGGGUUCUGUCAAAUUUUUGGUAGCUACAAAUAAAUUCAGGAAGAUUAAAAGGAAAGGGACUCUGCAACAAUGUUCUUGUUCUGAUUUACUGGCAGUAAGUAGUGGUAAAACUGAAAUGUGUUAUGGGGAUCAUGCUGAAAAUUCAGUUAUUUCAAGGAACAACAAAAAACAAUGGGAGUUAGUGGAAGAUGAAAGGGGAGGUAAAUUGAAGGAGUCAAUUAUUGCUUUGGGUGUUGUAGGUAGGGAGGAAGCUAAUUCUAAAGUUGUCCCGACAACGGUUGGAGGGGAGGAGAAAACAAACCGGUUUUUAUGA